AUGAGCAGCAACAACAGCCUGACUCCUCUCUAUUUUCAGCUGACUCUGUUCACAGACCAGGGGCGGCUCAGAUAUCUGUCCUUCAGUCUGUGUCUGUUGAUCUACAUGACUAUAAUCUGUGUUAACGCCGUCAUUAUUCUGUCAGUGUGUGUGGAGAAGUCUCUGCAUCAGCCCAUGUAUAUAUUUAUCUGCUGUCUGUCUGUGAACUCUGUGUACGGCUCAGCCGCCUUCUUCCCCAGGUUUCUGAUGGACAUACUGUCUGACACUCAUUUCAUCUCCCGUCCGUUCUGUUUCAUUCAGAUCUAUGUUAUUUACACUUAUGCAUCUUGUGAGUUAACUAUUCUCGGCAUUAUGGCCUAUGACAGAUUUGUUGCUAUUUGCCAGCCUUUAUACUAUCACAGUAAAAUGAGCUUUAGGACGGUGAUACAGCUUCUGAUUUUUGCUGUGCUCUACCCUGUGUUUGCAUGUGGCGUCUGUCUCUAUCUGACUGUUCAACUGCCUCUGUGUGGAAAUCAGCUGCACAGGAUCUGCUGCUCUAACUGGUCUGUGGUUCAGCUCUCCUGUGUGGACACGACUGCAAACAAUAUAGCAGGUCGCAUAGUGACUAUAACAACCAUCUUUAUCCCCCUGUUCUUUGUCCUGUACACCUACCUGCGCAUUCUGCUCGUCUGCAGGAGGAGCUCGUCUGAACUGAAGGGAAAGGCGUUACAGACCUGUCUCCCUCACAUUGUGACAUUUGUGAUCUUUUCCUUCUCCCUCUUCUGUGAGCUGUCACUGAGUCGACUUGAAGCAGAUAAAGUUGACCCAGUCAUCAUAGUGGUUUUAUCUUUAGAGUAUCUGAUCAUUCCUCCCAUCAAUAACCCUCUGGUUUAUGGCCUGAACCUGCCUCAAAUCAAAGAAGUGAUUUUUACAUUGUUAAAGACACGUGGGUCUUUAACAAUGCAGCUUUAA